AUUGUUUAAGAAAAAAUGGCACAUUCUUUUAAAGUAAUAAUUUUGUUUUUUCUUUUACUGUCGCUGCUUAUUGAUGUCUUCUUGUGCAACAUCGUAAAACGAAAAGCUCCAGAUGGAAAGCUUUACGUAUUUUCAAAAAGAGAAGGAUGUGUGUCCAUACAAAGUGCAAGUCCUUGUAGAUUGAACUGGAAAUUAAAUCCAUACAUCGCCAAAUUUUAUCCACAGGAAAAUGCUAUCAUUUCAAAUAGAGUAAAUCUCUAUGCUCAACUUGGCAUUUCACUUAAAUGUACAAAUGCUGUAAAAGAAGCUUUAUGCUCACAAGUGACACCAAAAUGUUCUGAGAAGGACUACAGUCGAGAUUAUGGUGACGUCACCAGGCUUUGUAACAACAUUUACUCUCGUUGUCCUUCCACUGUCGUAAAUAGUUUAAAGAAAAACAACUUUUGCAGGAAUUUGAAAAAGGGCAGACGCUCAAACGGUCAAUGUGUCGCCAAUACUGCAGCUGUUGGUGGUGCUUGUCCGCAGCCAACGUACAAGAUGACACCGGAGUUCUUUGAAUACUACCAAACGACAUCCGUAAAAGUCCAAGCUAUUCGUAAUGCCCGAUACAGUGAUGGAAGAAAGAUUUUUUCAGAUAUUUGUGCUUCACAAAUGACAGAAAUUGAAUGUGUGCCAAUUUACUGUUCUGCGAAUGAAACGGAGCUUUUAGUAAAAUUUGACAAGGAUGACUGCAUUAAGUUAGUUCACACCUGUUUUGAUGAACCAUUCAGAAAAUUGUCGCAAUCAUCUAACAUUCUAAGAGUUUUGAAUACUUUGAAAAAUCAGCUUCAAUGGUCUUGUAGCAUAUAUCCUGCAACUUCCUCUGAAUUGCAGCCCGCUCCUCCAUCGAUUAGUUCGAAUGAAAGCGGAAGUGGAAACACAGAGUACGGAAGCAAGGGAAUCAUUUCCAUCAUCUUCGUUGCACUCUUAAAAGAGCUUUUAAAAGCUUGAGCAAUCGCUGAAGUUUCACUGUAGGAUUUUUCAGAUGUAUUUCUUGUAGAUUAUGAAUUUCAAUUAGCAUGAAUUAUUACAAUUAGCAUGAAUUUUUGAACUUGUA